AUGGCAGACCAGGCAGAGAUAACACGCCAUUCUCACCCGCUCAGUAGAAUUGUUAUAUGUUGCACAUCGGUUCCUCCGGAUGCUCGUCAAAUACUAGCCAAGAAAGCGCAGGAUAUGGGGGCGCGACAUGUCCUUGAUCUUACUUCGGAUGUAACUCAUUUGGUGUGCGAGGACAUCACCACGCCGAAAUACAGAUAUGUUGCGAAGAUGCGGACAGAUGUGAAGGUAAUGAUGGUGGGAUGGGUGGACUCCAUGUACGAUGUUUGGAUCGAUGGUGAAGACAUAAACCCCCGCGGUUUUGAGGAAAAAUUCCAGCUUCCUAUUCUUUAUAAAUUAUCGAUAUCUGUCACCGGUAUUUUGGAUUUGGCCGAUCGAAAGAAAAUUGAAGAUCUGGUCAGCGGCCACGGAGCUUCCUACCACCCCGAUCUAACGAGGCAUGUGACCCACCUUAUCGCCGCAGCUCCUACGGGGAAGAAAUACGAAUUCGCCAUGAAUAAUAAUAUUAGCGUUGUAACAGUGGAAUGGCUUCAUGAGAGUUUAGAGAGAGGCAUGGCUCUGGAGGAAUCAUGCUAUGAUCCACGUUUGCCCAAAGAGAAAUUGGGUGCAGGGGCUAAGCCAGCACCCCGGACCACUGUAACUGCAGAGUCACUUCCUGAAGCCAGUAGCAAGCGGAAGAUCCGGAAAAGAGCUGGUGACUUGCUAGGGAGUCAGAGUCAGGGAAUUUGGGGGGAUAUCUUGGGACAGGCAUCUAAUCCGAAGCCAAAAAAAAGAGACGAAUGGGAGGAAAAUUCGCACGCAGAUAGUGCAAAGAAAUCGCCCAAAGACAUGCCAGAAAGAGUUAAAGACUCCGAAAAACUACCCACUCGUGUGUCCGCUAACGCAGGGCUCAUGGCGCAAUGUAGUUUCUACAUUUAUGGGUUUAAUAAAAAACGGGCUGGGAUUGUGCAUAGUAUUCUGCUCUCCUACGAUGCGAAUAUAGUUUCUUCAACUCAAGCACUCAACUGUUUACAGGGUACAUCUCGAUUAUUUGUCGUGGUUCCAGCUACCAUGCGCAAACGUGACUGUCCUGAUUUCUCUAGCAUUGAAAAUGUUUUGAUUGUCACGGAUUGGUGGCUUGAGGCUUGUAUGCACAAAUCAACACUCCUUGAGCCGUCCGAUGGCUUUACAUAUUCACCAUUUGAAGAAUUUCCUUUAGAAGGAUUUAAAGGAAUGCAAAUCUGCUUGACACAAUUUACAGGAGUCGAGUUACUACAUAUGAGAAACCUAAUAACUCUACUAGGGGCUUCUUUUCAUGAUAUUCUAACAAAGAAAAGAGACCUACUCGUCACAAGUUUACCGGCUAGAGGGGAUAAGUUUGACUUCGCAAUUCAAAAUGAUAUACCUGUAGUGACGACCGAGUGGUUCCGGCAAUGUCUAAAGGAGUGCAAAGAAGUACCAUUCACAGAUUUUCUCAUUUUGGGAAAGAAACGAAAAUCAAGAGAACCAGAGGAUAUAGAAGGCAAAGAAGGGCCAGUGGUAGAUGGUCAAUUUUCGGGAAAUAACAAGAGACCACGGUUUUUGGGAAAGGAUUUUCAGGACGGGGGGAAGCUUCUGGGUGAGAACUUGCAGUCUUUCGGAGACAGGCUAAGGGGGAAGAAGCCAGUCGAAACGAAUGCAGCUGAUUUGGGGGGAAAGACUUCGGACCCAUUACCCGGCGAUAGCGGUACCAUCAACUACAUAGAGAAUCAACAAAUGCCAUGUGAAGACAACGGUGUUUUGGACAAAUGCUUUAUUUAUAUAAGCAAAAAUUUGAAGGCUCGCAGUGUCGAAUUGAGUUCAGUUGCGAGAUCUCUUGGUGCCGCUAUCGUAGAUUCCAUUCACCCAGAUACCUCCAUCACACACAUGAUACAUUCGUCGAAGACCCCUCGGGAUACAACCAAGGACUUUAAAGUGGCAAACGCAACUCCUGGUUGCCACAUUGUCUCACCAGACUGGUUGUAUAAAUGCCAAAAGUCUGGAAAGAGGGUUGAUGAAAAAGCCUAUCCUCCCAUCAUCGCGCCGAGUAAAGGUUUGGAAAUGGACUUUUCAAAAGGAAGUUCGAGCAGUUUAUCACCGGUGCCCUCGGUGGAAAUACAUUCACCAAUAAAACCAGCCUUCGAGGUAAAGCAAGAUGAACCUGUUGUAGAUGAUACCGAGGAUGGACAAGGUUUUCAAGAUGACUUCGAAAAUCUUAAUGAAAUUAACCACAACAUAGCCAGAGAUCCAACACCACCGACGCAACUGUCGACAUCCUUCCCAGUGCCACAAAUCAGUGCGUUAAACAUAGUAACAAAGCCUUCCUCGAGUGACAAUCAAGACACACCCGACCCCGCAAGUGGAAAAUCCAGCGGCGGUAUCAGUGACAUCCUAGGGAAACUCGGCAAAGGCGAAAUUACAAACGCAAUUGAACGCAAACGACCACGCGGAAAACUCCAGGGGAGAGCCACCUCAAACCUAUCAUUCUAUAACAAUCCUUCCCGAGCAUCUUCAGUCGAAAGUCACGCUGAACCGGUAGUGUCUGAAGCUAAAAAUACUCAAGUCAACCUGCACGAUCUAAGCAGCACUAGACGCCCCCCAGACCAGACGACCCCGGCGCCCAGUCAGGCUAUCAGAUAUGAAGAUCCGGAAGCUGAGAAGGAGAGAAAAAAUGUGCGGGCAAAGCUCAGUGGCGAUGCGGUUGGACCAGACACACCAAAGAACCAGAGAUCGGUAAUGAAGAGAGUUAAGACGGCGGUAGAUGUAGAGGGUAGCGUACGGAGAGGGAGGAGGGCUAGGUAA